UUCACAAUAACUGAUAACAUUUACCUUUAAUAAAUAUUCCUUAUUGUACUUAUAAUAUAGAAACAAUGAAAACUUUUAGUUUUUUCAUAUUUUUAAACGUAUUAAUCCUUUUCGCUUACGCUCAGGAUCAAACACUUCCAGCAACUACUUGUGAACAAAAUUUCGCUUUACAAGGCACGACAUGUACACCAUGUCAACAAGCAAUUUUUAAAAAUGGUGGAAGUGAUGCAUCAUCCUUUGUAAACAAAAAGCCACCUUCUAACAAAUGUUUGUUUACUAGUAUUUUUACUUAUCAUUUAUUUGAAAGUAGUUCUGCUACUCCCGCUACUCCUAGUACCCCUGGUACUCCUGAUACUCCUAAAAUAGACUCAGCAAGUGUAAAAGAUGCUUUAGAUAAAACUUGCGCUGAUACCGCAAAUAAUACAUGUAGUGAAUCGGAUGCUAAAAAUGCUUAUACUGAGAUUGAUAAAGCUUGUGAUGCAGAAUUGAAUCAAUAUCUUUCUUCUAAAGGAACUCCUGGAACUGGCAAGGGACCCGCUCCUACUAGUGCUAAUAUUGUCGGACUUGAAGCUGAAUCACUUAUGCUUUCUUUUUAUUUGGCUAAUCCUAUAAGAGAAAUUUCGUGUUUGAAAGUAAAUGGCGAAUAUUGUGGUGUUAAAAAUUUUGAUAAACAAGCAAAACAAGCUCAAUCUCAACCUCCAAAUACGAAUCCUUUUGCUAAUUUACAAUGUGAUGAAUGUUCAAAACAAUCUUAUAAUAAUAUCAAAAGUUAUCUAUCAUCUCAUCCUCCUGAUACUCCUAAUUUACAAAAGUUUGUUGGUGAAACACAACAAUCAUUACAAGUAUUUGAAAAUCAAUGUCCUAAUAUUGCCAGUAGCGCUAAAUCUGAUGGUCAGAAACUUACUAAUCAAUUUUAUAAUUAUUUUGGAAUUAUUUUAAUUAGUCUUGUAGGAUUUAUUUAUACAACAUUUAUGUAAUAAUAAUAUAUUAUAGUUAAAGAACGUUUAUUAUUUAACAAUAAAUAGAAUAA